GAGAAAUCCCCUUAAAAACAUAACAUCUCAUAAUAUUUGGCGGUUCAAUUGUUUUUCUUCCCUCUCUAAUCUUUUAAUUUGUGCUUAGCAUUUAAUCAGUUUUUCCUCUAAAUAUUUAUCAUGACCAAAAGAAAAUUCUGCGAUGUAGAUAUUGAAGAAUCAUCAAUUAAAAAAAUCUGUAAAAAUGUUAGUCUAGUUCAAAUAAAAUCAGAAGCCCCUGUUCUGAGUAUUUUACGGAAAGCGGCCCAAAAAUUAUGGUCAUCGACAACACAAAAUUCUGAAUCUAUAAAUCUGCCGGAAAAAUGCAGAAUUUGUGCAAUAAAACUGGCGUCACAAUCUCAAGCUAAAUGUAAUUUCUGUGAAUAUGCCGUCUGUCAUCAAUGUAUAAUUGAUUGUAAUCAAUGCGGUUACCAAUUUUGCUCAUUCUGCGCUGUUAAUGUUUAUUCCCCUGUUGGAGAUAUUGGACGCUGCCUGACCUGUUUUUAAAGAUAUCAAAUUAUUUGACUAUAUGAUAGUAUAUUAAAAAGAAAAGUUGUUUUAUCCAAUAUAGUUAUAACAAUUUCAUUUUAUUAAUGUUAUUUAGCUGAUAGAAAUUCAGGAUAAACAGAGUAAUACAAUACUUGGAAGAUGAUGGACCUAUGGUUAUCUGAAACAUUGACAUUGAACAGAUGGAUUAGAAUUGGGUUCAUAAGGAAUACAAUCUACUGGUUUCAAAAUAGUGCGGAAGAAAUUACAACAUCCUGAUACAGUUUGAAAGACAGAUUAAUGUGGACAGUUAUACAAAAUUUUGAUACAAAGCCUGAUUUUUACCCAUCAAUUCAUUUAUCAUUAUUGUUCUGUUUUCAAAGAUAUGGUCGAUUUGGAUAGCCAUUUGGAUAGCCAUUUUGGUAGCCAUUUUGGUAGCCAUGAAGCGAAUGAAGAGAGUGGUAUGGUGAUGUCGGUGGCUGCUGUUGUGAUCCUAAGUACGAAUGAAUCCCUGGUGAUGAGUGCAUCCCUGGAGUCAAGUGGCUAUGAUAAGUAGUAUAGGUGCGAACAGGAGGUCCAAAUUUGGAGAGAAACGAUUUGGGUGACGGAAUUUGAAACGAUCCUGGAAAGUUGAGUGGAGGGGAAAAGUAACCACAAAAUGAUGGACCAACAAGAACCAAGAGAACGAAAAAAAUCUUUAAAAAGUAGAAAACAAUUGGAUUAGUCCAAAAUGAAAGCAAAACAUUGCUCAAGUAGAUGAAUAGAGUAACAAAAAUGAACAAGUAUCAUCUUACCUGAACUUUAUCGACCAUUUUAAGAUGAAUAAAAUUACUUUUACAAGCUUGA